GGCUCCAUGCUGGGGACACGUGUGAUCGCAGCCCAGCUAAGGAGAUGAAUGUCGGUUCGCUCCUCUUCCCAGUCCAUGCUGCUUCCCUUCUUGAUUCUCCACUUUGCCGUGGCGGCAACCUCGGCACCAGACGUUGUAGCUCAGUUUGAGGGGGACGUCACUCUGAGCUGCCUCUUCCCGUCCCAGCCCGGGAUGAACCUCCAGCGUCUGACCCUCACCUGGCAGAAGGAGCGGGCAGGGGCAGAGGCCCUGGUGCUUCAUAGUUACUAUUACGGGAAGGAGCAGCUGGAGAGACAAGACCAGAUUUAUAGGAACCGGACCCAGUUGGAUCCAGAGGGGUUGGCCCGGGGGAAUGCGUCCCUGACACUGAGGGGCAUCCGCAUCCAGGACGAGGGCGUCUAUCUCUGCCACAUCACCUCGGAGCAAGGCAAGAUUUCAGUGAGGAGGCAGGUUGCAGUGAUGGCCCCGUACUCGGAGGUCCGACUGGAGGUUAGCGUGAGCAGCCAGGUGACCCUGACCUGCUGUGCGGAGGGUGGGUACCCCGAGGCCUGCGUGCUGUGGCUGGACGGAGCCGGGAACAACGUGACGGCAGAGAGCGACACCAGCCUGCAGAGAGACCCCACCGGGCUCUGUGAUGUGAGCAGCCGAAUCCUCCUGCCCAGGACAGGGUGUGGCAACUACACCUGCCUCCUGGAGAGCCCCGGACAGCCCCACGUCGUCCGACACCUGAGUGUCUCCUGCAGCCCAGAUAACUGUACUAACAACCUGUGCCUGCCUAUCACCCUGCCCCUGAUGGUGCUGCUGGGUGUUCUUGGAAUCGUCUUGUGCUUUCUGAGGCGUCGGUUCUCGUGGUGUUCGGCUGCAAGCGGACUGUGACCCACGUAACGUGAGCUGCUUCUCUGUGUCUCUGUCCCGCCUCUGUCCGGGUGUACGUCCUUGGAUUCUUCUGCCCAGUCGCAGCCCUCUCCGUCAGGGUUACAAUCCCCCUCCAUGUCCGUCCUGCAAGGUCCCUUGGCUGGGGGCAUCUCCCUGUGCUGGGCCCCCUGCCCAGGGUCCCAUUCGCUCUCCCCAGCUGCUCACCACAGCCGGCUCUGGACGGCUCCAGCCUCAGCCCCACUCUGCCUC